AUGAAUGAAUCAAUGUGUAUCUAUAUGUUUAUGAAUCAACCAAAAUUAACAACUUCAAACACCUUAACUAUAUCAUCACAAUCAACCACCUCAGUACAAGCAACAAAAUUAAACAUAUCAUUAGAGUCAAACUCUUUACCCAAAAAAAGAAAAGCUGUUGGCCAAAUGCUAUCAGCAAAUCAUGUUAAUAAAGAGUAUUAUGUUCGUCAAAUUAAAGAAGGUCUCUGGGAACAAAUGAAAAGGUGGAAAGAGGACUUCAAGAAAGUUUAUAAAGAAUUAUACAAUCCAAGUGAUCCAAAUGACCCAAAUUCAAAUACUUUUCUUGCUUUAAUCAUCAAAUAUGCUUUUAUAUCUGAAGAUGAAUGUACCCAUGCUAAUGCUAUUUGGACACAGGCUGUUCUUGAACUUAUUUUUGAUGAAAAUUAUCUUUCAGUGAAACUUGACUCUGACGUUGUUGAUAUGUGGUACCAAAAACUUUUAAAAGAAGCAAAUGAUACGAAUAAAAAAGAUGCUUGCGCCUUUUCUGCAAACUCACAAGUUGGAUCUUUAGAUUUGAUGGAUGUUGAUGAUCUUUACAAAAACUUGCCUAACUCUGACUCUGAAAGCCAUCUAAGCGAUAAUAGCAUUGAAGACAAUAAUA